AUGCAUCGCCAAAUCUUCUCAUUUGUCAUAGCCCUCUGCCUCUGCGCACACUGGGCAAUCGCCUCUCUCACCUCGACUGAAAUCGCCAAUGCGCUGAACGAACUCGCCCAGCAGGGCUUCGCCGCCAAAGAUCUCGUCCUGGAGAUCAACUCCACCUCCGACGCGGGUCCACUGCGCGACGUCUACACCGAAAUCGACACCAUCGUGACCGUCGUCCUCACCGACAUCAGCUUCAUCACUAAUACCCCCGUCAUCACGGAGGAGGCGCAAGAGCAGGUUGUGUAUGAGGGGUAUUCUAACUUCGUGCAAUCGCUCCUCGAACUCAUGGAUGCGUUUGCCUCUAGUGCGGGUACCCUGAUGUCUCUGGAUCACGUGAGCAAGUAUAAGGUGCCCGCGGAGGUGCGCGUGUUGGAGAGUGCGGUUGAUGCAUACUUUUAUAACAUCAUCAGCCUGUUUCCCGGGAAUAGCUCGUAUAAUGCGCAGGCGAGUAAUCAGAAGGCGCAGGUUGAUACGCAUUGUUAUGAGGCGAUUUGGGCGUUUGAUCUUGAGGAGGCGGGCCCGGGGAGGGGGAAUGGGUCGGUGCAGGCGAGGUGGUUGGCGCGGGGGUCCGUCUGAGGUUGGGUGGUAUGCUUGCUUCGCGCGGUGUGAUGUAUUCUAGGUGGUUGGGAGUGGGUGAUGUAUAAUUAUUCCUUUCUAGGAGGGCUGUUGUGGCCCGAUUUACUUAAUAUUUAUUGAGAGAUAUGUUUGGUGGAGAUCUGAGAGUGCAGAAUGUGAGUACUAGGGAUUAGUCGGUGGCAUACCAUACCAAUACUUUAGCUCGGCUUGGAAUGCUGGCUUAGUUAUGUGGGACGAAAUUUCGGAAUCGGCAGGUCGGUCCAGAUGGAAUAAUACAUAAUAAACUCCUUGGUAUCUACAGGGCUGGGCAUAGGAUGCUGGGUU